AUGCCUCAUGUUAAACCUGUCCUUCUCACUUUACUGUGCGCACAGCUCGCAGAGCCGCAGGAGCACCCGACGCAGGAAGAGAAGGAAAAGAGUUGGUACAACCUCGACGCCCACCGCAAGAAGCAGCUCGAGUUCGGCGGCGGGCUGCUCGCGGGCAUCACCGCGCUUGACGCAGGCUACGUCGCGUACAAGGAGGACGGCAGGCACAAAGAGGAUAAGAAGGCACACGUGUGGGCACUCAGCAAAUGGCUGCGUGACGCGCAGGCACGCAGGCAGGCGUACUACAAUGGGCAGACGCAGGGCCCGGUGGCGUGGAUCUACACGGAAGGGAAUAAUAUCCCGCAGAAUGCGAUUCCUGGUGGGCAAGAGACGUACAAUCGCGAAGGGCGGCAGAUUCUGUAUAUCUGCAGGGCGUACUACGAGGGCGGCAUGUUUGUCGGCAAGGCCUCAUCCGUCUUCAGGCCCAGCGCCAUCGUCGGUUUCAUGCACGAGGAGAUCCACCUGGACAAGUAUGAGAUCCUCGUCGGGGACCAGAAUGCGGUCAGGUGGGUAAACGUUGAGGGCGAGUUGGAUUUACAACACCUUGGUGCACGUCCGGUCGAGGGUGGCAAGGAGCCCCACGGCACACCAAUAUACAUUGCCAAGGCGUACCACAAUAAUGCAGAGCACCCCGGAAAGGCAUCCACCCACUAUGGCGACGGGUGCUACAUUCCGUUUGGUAACAAUGAGGUCAGAUUGCGCGUGAGUCAUUUAGCCCGACAAUAUUGA